AGCGCAUCCCCGCCCGCUCGGGCCUCGGACGGCGGAAGCGCGGGGGCUGAGAGCGGCGCAGCGGCGGGGCGUGCGCCCCGGGGCGGGUGCGCGGCGGCCGGCCGGGAGCCUCGGGAUGCGGGAGGAGAAGGAAGUUCCUUUGCAGCCUGUUCAGGAAAAGGAUGAGAGUGGCGUGGCACAGGAUGCUUUCUAUCUUCAGUCACUUAUUACUAAUGCAUUCCAUGAUGAAGGAUUUCAGAAAAUAAAAGAAUAUUUUCCACAGAGAGAACGCCACGUUCCUCAAAAAUAUAAUAAUCUUUUGUUACACCAUCUUGACAGAUCAAUAAAUAAGGCACUGGAUAAAAAUGAAUUUCAGUGUGUUUCACUGUUGCUGAGAUGUGUUCAGCGAUUCUUCAUUGAUGGCCUCAGAGAAGAUGAGCCUUUGCUAAUUCAGCAGGGACUGAUCCCAAAGAUGGUUUCCUGGUGUGAAAGAACAACAGGAUUUCUGACCAUGACAGACCUAGCCUCGGACACAUCUCUGAUUAAUGUGACAGAAGACUUUUUUGACACAGCCAUGAUUAUUUCCAGAAGUAGUAGGAAAGGGAAAAGUCAGCUGUUGGGUUCCUUCAUAUUUACCUUAGGAUUUCUGGUGACAGAAGAGAGUGUAAAUCGUUUGAUCCAGCGGGAGGCACUGAGGAACUUGAACUGCAUUCUGCAAGCUGUACCUCGGGAAGAGAGAAAACAACUCGUCUUGUCGGAAGGCUCGUGUCGUCUUAUGAAAGACCUUGCAAGGACAAUCUUGACUGUGGGUGAUUAUGACCAGCAGGUGGCUCUUUGUGAAGCAUUGUGUAGACUGACCAUGAGAAAAUCAAGGGAAAACUUUGUCCAUCAGUGGUUUGAAGAUGAUACCAUUGCUGAGGCUUUCAAAGAAAUUAAGGAUCGAGAAUUUGAGACGGAUUGUAGACGGUUUCUCAAUCACCUAAAUGACAGACUUGGUGACCAAAGAAGGGUCUGUUCAUUUCCAUGCAUUGCUGCUUUUGCUGAUGAGCAUGAGAUGAGAAAACCUGCAGAUGAAAAAUUAGAGAAAUUUUGGAUUGAUUUCAACCUAGGAACUCAGAGUGUAACUUUUUAUAUAAACAACCCUGAGAGCGCUUUAUGGGACUCAGUAAGACUUUUGAAGGAAGCAAUGAUUAAUUUCAGCAUAAUAGAAACUGAGAUGAAGAUGCUCAAAAUUUACCUGAAGAAGCCUAUUAAUAUCAGAAACAAAGAAGUGAUGAAAAUAGAAAUUCAUUUUGAAUUGCAAUUCAACAUAGCCCAAGCUUCCAUUAAAGCUUUAGGAGAUGAGAAACAGGUGAGGCCUGACCAGACGAAAAUCUCCUCAGACCUUUUUGGUGAAUUUGAGAAAGAAGACACUGAGAUUCCUAGCAGCCACGAAAGAGAGACAGACCAAGCAAAGGAAUCUACCGAGCUGGCAGAGUUAACCAGUGCUGAAGAUAACCAUUGCCUAACAACUCUCCCCUUAGAUAACCAGUCUGAGCCUGCUGUGAGUACAGGGAACUGGGGACAAGAUUCUGAACUGUAUCCACUGGGAUGCUGGCAGGUUCCUGACUGGAGCCUUGAGCCAAAAGUUAAUUAUAGGAAACACCUCUUCUCGGAGAGUAAUGAAGAUUCAAAUACUAGUGCCAGUGAACUGUCUUGGACCAGUAACCAAAAAAGGAAAUCCCUAAAGUCAUAUCCUAGUAGAAAAAAGAUAAAAACCAGAAGUAACAUAAGAACCUUGCCACUUUUCCCUCUCAGCGGUGGCAGUGACCUUGAGAAAGACCAAGCUAAAACUCUAACACCAUUACAGAAAGAUACCUCCGGGCAAAAUAAUGUCACACCUCCAAAAAUUUCUGGAAUGGAAUUUCAGAGUAGUUCAGCCUUUUUAACUCCUGAAGAUUCUGCCCAGAAGAUAGAACUUCAAAGUCCCCACCCACUGAGCGAUCUCUCUUCCUUGGAGCCCUCAGAUGUUGAAGAAAAUGUAUCUGAGACUGUGACCCAAGAGUCAUUGAUGAAAAGUACUAGCUUCAAGCAUAAACUGCAAAACUUGGAAGACAGAGACAGAGCAGAUGGUCAUUUCGCUAAGUGGAAACAGUCGCGAUUGGAAGAAGGCGAUGCUCCAGGAUGCCUUUCCUCAGUGGCAGAAGAAACAGACCUGGCAGAAGGCAUUUCUACUUCGUCCUUAAAAGUUAUUCCAGAGAACUUGAAAGGUUCUGCGAUGAUCACCACCUUUGAAAACUUCACUAGAGAACUGAAAAGAAAAUACGAGCUUAGGUACAGAAGGAGCCCACUUUAUUCAGAAACUGCAAAGCAAGCACCAGAUUGCCUAAUAAAACUUUUAAACCAGAUACAUCUGUGCAAACUGAAUAAACUAGAACAGUUUCACACUUUCGUUCUUCAAGAGCUGAGCAAUCUUGAGGAGGAUAUUGGGGGUCUGCAGCGCCUUGAAGAGGAUGUUCUGGAAUUUUGGGGGAAACAGUCUGAUGAUCUGAGAUCAUUCUGUGAACUGCAACUGCUGAGUCUGAGCCACGGGAAGGAGAUAAAUCUACCUCAGGCCACAGCAGCGGUGCCUUAAUGCUCUGUGCUCAUUCACUCCAAACGGAA